AUGACAUCACUUUUGCCUUUUUCUAUUCCUUUAUUAAAUAUUGACUCUUUAGUCUGUUCAUCUAUAUCAUUCUUAGAUUUUGUUCUAAUUUCUUGUGAUCCUAUUAGUGAUAAUACACCCAUACCUAAUGCUGCACCUUCACAUGCAAUAGCUACUGGUGUACCAACUAUUGUUGUUAAAAAACCAAUACCAACAGCUCCUAAUGUCAUAGUGCUUGCUAGUUAUAAAGAUAUAGAAGAUAUAGAAGAUAUAGAAGAUGCAAUAGAUGAUGCAAUAGAUAAAGCUGCAGAAAAUGGUCAACUUGAAAUAUUAAAAUAUUUACAUGAAUUAGGAUAUAAACGUACAGAAGAUGCAAUAGAUGAUGAUGGAUGGAAAAUUAAUUGUGCUGCAAAAAAAGGAAACCUUGAAAUAUUAAAAUACUUGCAUGAAUUAGGGUAUAAAGGAAAUGAAAUGACAAUUAAUUACGCUGCAGAAAAUGAUCACCUUGAAGUAGUAAAAUACUUGCAUGAAUUAAAGUAUAAAGGAAAUGAAUGGACAAUUUAUUCUGCUGUUGAAAGUGGAAAUAUUGAAAUUAUUAAAUAUUUACAUUCGUUAAGAUAUAAAGGUAAAGGUACAGAUUAUGCAUUUAAUUGUGCAGUAGAAAAUGGGUAUAAAGGUUCUGAAUGGGCAAUUAGUUAUGCUUUUGAAAAUGCUGCUAAAAAUGGAAAUCUUGAAGUAAUUAAAUAUUUACAUGAAUUAGGGUAUAAAGGUACAGAAAAUGCAAUUGAUAAUGCUGCUUUAAAUGGACAUCUUAAAGUAAUUAAAUAUUUACAUUCUAUAGGAUAUAGAGGAACAGAAAAUGCAAUUGAUAAUGCUGCUUUAAAUGAACAUCUUAAAGUAAUUAAAUAUUUACAUUCUAUUGGAUACAGAGGAACAGAAUGGGCAAUUAAUUUUGCUGUAUUUAAUGAUCAUCUUGAAGUAAUAAAAUAUUUACAUGAAUUAGGGUAUAAAGGUUCUGAAUGGGCAAUUAAUUGUGCUGUAGAACAUAGUCAUAUUGAAGUAGUAAAAUACUUGCAUGAAUUAGGGUAUAAAUGUCAGCGUACUGAUCCUCGAAAUUACAGGCCUAUUUCCCUCACCUCAGCUAUUGGAAAAGUAAUAGAGAAAAUAAUGCGUGAUGUUAUGAAUGAACACCUAGUUAAGCAUAAUCUAUUAUCUUGCCAUCAACACGGUUUUGUCAAAUCUAGAUCGUGUGUCACAAAUCUUCUUGAAGUAAUGGAUUACCAAAGCUUAAAGUGA